GAACCAGCGACACAUGAUGCAUCAAUAUAUCUAUAUCAAUAUAUGUGUCAGAAUAUUGUUGGAACAGAAGGGCAUGUAAAAACUAUCAGAAUGAUGAACUCUAUUAGAGACAAUUUAUCGAGUCAAGAUUAUUUGACAAAAAUAACCAGUGGCAGCUUUGGCGAGGGACUGGAGAUGCGAGGAAGUGAUAUAGAUAUUAUGUAUGUUAGCAAAUGUGCUGAGGUUUGUGAAAGCACAAACACUUAUUUUAAUCCUGCUAAAACGUAUUUUACAAUGGCGACAGGAGACACACACCCAGGCUUCACUCAUUUACGUCUAGUACAUAGCAAUGAUCAUAGCGUCUUUAGAUUAUGCGAGAUGAAUGAAGGUUAUUUGUACUUUUCAAACAUAAGAUUAAAAGAACGUAUAUUGCACAAGCGCACUCCGUUCAUCCACGGUCCUUGCAUGUCAGACAAAAAUGGGGAAUAUGAUAUUGCAUACUGCUUACAUAGUAAGUUGUGGACAACACAGGCAAAACAAUGGAUGACACGAUCACAUACCGCAUGGCCAGGGUACGAUGUUAAACAAUCUAUUCUUAGACAUGGCGUUCUCUUUGUACCAAUAGGUGUUAAAGGAUCUAUUAAAGAAGAUUUAGAAUGGCGAAUAUCGUUUUCCGUUGGAGAAAAACUUCUAAUCAUUACAUUUACACAUGCACAAUUACUUUGCUAUGCUCUUAUGAAAAUUCUUCUCAAAGAUGUAAUAGAUAUUGACAUAGAUUGUAAAGAUUUACUUUGCUCAUAUUUCAUAAAAACAAUUCUUUUUUGGAUUUCGGAGGAAGUUUCAAUUGCAAUUUGGAGACCCGAAAACUUAAUAAAAAAUUUUAUGAGAUGUUUAAGGAGACUAAUAUACUGUGUUGAAUACUUAGUCUGUCCCCAUUACUUUAUUCCUGACAAUAACUUAUUUGAGAAUAAGAUUAAAGGAAACGCACAGAAAAUUCUCUUAAAUAAGCUGAAUGUUUUGAAUAAUUAUGGUUGGCAUUGUAUCGCAUUUUCAAAACAAAUCCCUAACUUCCAUGAAUUAGCAUUCUGCAUUAAAAAAGGGCAAAUUAAUUUAUAUGUCAAUAAUCUUAAACAAUUAUUAUUUUCAAAAAUGAUUUUUGCGGAUAUUCAAUCUUCGUCCUGUAAUUUUUUGUUGAAAAAAGUUAUACACAUAGUAUUAUCUACAAAGAAUUCCAAAAUAAAACAACUUUACUUGUACUAUAUUUCAAAGAAGUGUUGCUUGCUUGACAAAUUACAAGGAUUUAAGGAUGUUUCUGGUAAUAAAUAUACAUAUACACAAUACAAUACCUGUAUAAGUUCUUUGCUACGAAACAUACGCCAUAAUGCUAUUACUGGAUGGCUGAAGUUAGCUUCGUUUUUCUAUCAUACAGAACAGCACACAAAAGCCAUUGACCUUCUUCAAUAUUCUCUACUAAAAUGUUCAUCGGAAAAACUUUACCCGUUCAUGAAUUUGUUGCAUAUUCAUUAUGAUUUAUUCAGUUUGUAUUUGUUUCGGCAGAUGCCUGUGGUUCUUUUGUUUAAAUAUCUGCUAUUAGAUCAAGUGGUGUUUCUUGCAAAUUCUAUGUUGAUACCGGAAGAAUUAAGAAAGGUAGAAAAAACUACUCCGUGUAUAAUACCGCCAGUAGUAUUUACGCAUGUUCUUCCAUUUCUAUGCCAUUAUCAUCUAAACGAUUCCAAAAAAUGCCGUAAUUCUCUCCGAGAUUUACAAGUUACUAUAGGAGAAAAGUAUUUUAUAGCAUGUUCCUAUCAAGAGGCUAUAUCAUACAACAUCCUAGGAAUAGCUUAUCAGUUAGUAGGUGAUAUACCAUCAGCGAGACAAGCAUUUAAACGAUCUAUAAGAUUAUACGCAGAUCCAGAUGACAAUAGUGCGUUUUGGAGAUUGUCAUCGAUAAGCUGAAUGUACCAGAGCUAAUGUAUAAUUAACUUAUGAUACU